CCAUUCGAGCCAAUAGAAAACUGUCCGACUACAGAGCCACCUAGACGGCUUCGGUAGUAACUCUCUGCGGCGGCGCAGUUGCCUUCGUUGCUUUUUAUCCCCAAGUAUCCGUUUGUGAACUCGACGAGAGACGCGCCGACUGCCAAGGUUUUUUAAUCUUUAAACAGAGUAAAGGAAUCCAACAGUUUGAAUAAAAUGGCCGAUGCUGCUUCCCCCAAGAAACGCGGACGUCCUGCGAAGAAAGCAAUUGAUGCCGAGCACAAAGAAGAGGCUCCCAAGAAAGCCGAAAAGAGGGUAGCAGCCCCGGCCGCAGCACCAUCAUCCGAAAGCGGCGAAUCUCAGGUGAAGCGAGGACGUGGUCGACCAAAGGGAUCUGGCAAGAAAGCCAGUGGAGCCGCAGGAGCAUCUGCUGCCAAGUCCAAGUCCCCUGGCGGUGGUCGUGGUCGUGGCCGUCCCAAGAAGCCAGAAGCCAGCAAACAAGAAGAGUCUGCUGAAGAUGAGUCUGCAGGAGAUGAUGGAGAGUCAUCAUAAAAAGACGUGUUCAAAACUACCCACAAUCUUUAAAUGGGGGUUAUUCUUUGAUUUUCAUCGUUUUUUGAGUUCGGCAUAGAACACGAUUCGACGAGAUUACUAGAACACGUCCCUUCAAAAAAUUGCAGAAAACCAUUUCGCAUCAUACUUUCUUAAUUUUUUUUCUUUUUAUUUUAACACAAUUUACCCCUCAUCUCAUACCAUACUUUUUAAAUAGUGUCCACCCACUUGUAAACCCCACCACCACCUACCGCAAAUCGCCAACUUCAACUGCUGAUUUUUUAUCCCAUCUUUUCACCGUCGUCUCGUGUGCGUACGUUUUCUUUAACUCUUUUUAUUAUACCGUUUUCAUCCCAAACUUGAUGGAGUGUUACGUGCAGUUCUCUUAUUAGUCUCCUAUUUUUUACGUGGAUGAAUUCCUGGAUGGAUGAUACCCUCCUCCGUUUCUCGCACCUGUAAAAUCCCCAUCUCGGCAAAGAAACCCAACUCUGCCAUCCCAUCCGAUUCUGCACAUCAUACAUUGAAUUCGACAACUGAGCCACAAACAUUAAAAAAAAACGUUUCACUCGUGACGCUAUCCUCAUUUUUUUCUGGCCAUCCAAUACAAGAUUUCGGUUGA